UUGAGAUGUAUCAGAUUACCGAAGUUAAUAAAAUAGAAUUUAUAUUGUAUAAAGCUUGUACUUAAAUGGAUAAAACAAUAAACUGUAUUAUAUCUAUGUUUACACGGUUUAUAGUUUUGAUCAAGAGAUACACAUAUAUUAUUUUGUGAGGUUAAAAACAUUUUAAUGCCUUUACAUGUCAGGGCUUAAAUCAAUUCCAACUUCCGGAUUAUAAAAUGUAUGCAAAAAAUGGUCAAAAUUUGGGAGCUUCGGGAUUUUAUAAUUAUCCGAAAGAUAAUUCCAUACCGUAUAAUAAUGACAGACUGGAUGAUGCAGUUAGUAUGGAUUAUUCUCAAACGCUGAGCGGUUUACAACGGUCAGAUUUUGUAGCAAGUGGUAACUACGCAAGUAGAAUAGAACGGAGCUCUGAUCGGCGAAUUGAUUUAGAUUCUCGUGAAACAAGCGGCGAAUAUGCCACCAGAAUCGGAAGUUUUACUAAAAACCUUACGAGUACACCAGAUCUUCCCGUGCGUAGAAAUAGUGGAUUAUAUGCUCAACGGAUUGGAAAUUCUUCUAGGAAUGAAAAGGAGAUAUCAAAUAAGGACCAGAGAUUUCAUCUCUUAGGGAUGGACAAACCUGGACGAAAUAUGAACAAUGAGCGUGUCUAUGAAAAUCAACUCUUUAAGGAUAAAUACGGAAAUUACUACCCACCACCUAUUUCGGAAGACGAUAUCGGCCUGCAAGGUCUAGAAAGUCCUCGAUCAAUACUGGAAACAGCAAGGUCAUUUCCGGUAGGAUUUGAAGCGUCAGAUAUGACAAGAAGUGGUCCAUUUAUUACCCCGCCUGGUGAAUCAACUGAUCAAGGAUUUUUCGAAAGACAUGAAAAAUCAUCCCAAAGACAGAAAAUGAGGAGAAACUCUCCUCUUGAUGAAAAUUUAGAAAGUGAAACACCAGCAUGGGCGAAUCGUCUGCUAACGAAGGAAUCAUCCUUAUUGUCAAAAUUCAGAAAUAUGAAAUCGGCAAUUAAUAAAUGGACGCUACGACGUAUUUCUAAACCAAGAAUACCGUUCAUUAAAGGACAGGGUCCUAAAGUAUUGGAUUUAUUUGAUGCAUUGAGUUCUUCAAGUACCAAAGAUCUUCUUCCUCCAAACCAGCAUAAAGAAAAAACAAAUAACAUCGCUUCAUGUUUUUGUGGAUUAUUCUUAAUGAUUAUUUUUGUAUUUCCUGUUAUACCUGUGAUUGUGAUAUUCACAGAUCCUUCCGAUUUUGCUCAAAUUGAAAUAAGUAUAAAAUUUAGUGGAUAUGUAGAUGCUAAUUUUGAUAUCAGAAGCAUGGAACAGGAUAUAUGUCGUCAGAUAGAUACAGCUUUCUCGUCGUACAGCAGUUUUUAUUCCUGCGACCUUAAUAAUAUCAGGAAUGGAUCCAUUACGGCAAAUGUUUCCCUUCUUUUUCGUGUCUCAAAUAUACCAAACGAAAAUGUUAUUGAAGAAAAUGUUAACAAACAAUUGACAACUGUGCGAACAAUAAGCAUGUAUGCAUAUGAACAAAAUUCUACAAAAACGGUAAGAUAUACAUUUGUAAAGCAGAGACUUGUUAGUGAACCGCCUUACACAAGAGGCAAAACAACAAUAGACCAAACUUCUACAACGAUAUCAUCGACAUCUGCGAAAGAAAUUACAACCACAUCACAAGUACAAACAACAGAGGUAGAUACAAGUACAACAGUAUCAAGUAGUUUACCUACGGAAAUAAUGACAACAAUAGAGACAACGAAGUCAGAUACCACAACUUCAAAUGAGCAAACAACAUCCAAACAGCUGACAACAACUGAAGUACUUACAACACAAAUAACAACGCCAAGUACUAUAACACUACGAACUACGAAUCCAGAUACUGUAACUUCAAGUGAACAAACAGCUACAUCAACGGAGGAACAUACAACAACAGAAAUCCUAGAAACUACAAGUAAUUCGACUACAUAAUAGGCUUUUAAUAAGAACUUUCAAGGAAAUGAAUAAAGGGAAAUGUUUGGUACUUGCAAUUAUCAAUGAUAACUUGUUUUGUUAUUACUUUUGUAUCAAGUUAUACCGAUUUUAGAACCUACACUAAAUAAAUACAUUUCUAAGUUAUAGAAUAUACAACCAUAAAUAAACCGUUUUGUAUAGCUGA